AUGUCACAAUUCUCCCAAAUGAUGGGCGGACCACGGGAGGAGCUGGGUGCGCCUGUCUGCCCGGAUUGGAGUGUACACCGUUUGGAGUACUCCAAUCCUCCAAUCCUCCAUUGCUAUCGCUAUCGGGAGCUGAUGGCUACGGCGAUAAUUGCCGAUAUCUGGCGACUGCCCGGAACGGUUCUCACCAUGAACUUUGGAUUAAUAGGACUCGUUAUUUCUACUGGGCUGCUGAUCCUGGUGGCUAAUAUCAAAGGACAACAGCAAAGUCUUUCGUGGGGAGGAUAUUACCUGGACAAUGGUACCCACUAUCUGCUGUACGAGGGUCCCCAGGCGAAGCCUAGACCCAGACCGAAACCCGUGUCGCAGCACAACCAACUUCAUCCCAAUUUCGGAAAUAUAUCCAGUAAUCCCUUCAUCAAUUCCCUGAGCAUGCCCAAUGAGUUCCCCAACAGGAUUGUCAAUGGUCACAGAGUGAAUGUGUGCACCGAUUGUCCUUGGCUGUGCUCUGUCCACUACGAGGAUUACUUUAUAUGCGGAUGUGUACUCGUGACCAAAGAAUGGUGCCUCACUGCCCACCAUUGCAUCGUUGGACCAGCCGGGAAAUACGAGGUGCGUUGCGGAUCGACUCAACAGAGGCGUUACGGGCAGCUCCGGACGGUACAGCUGAUCGUGGCCAAUAAGGGAUAUAAUCCAAAUACUAUGACCCAUGAUCUGGCCAUGAUGAAGUUUAGGAAACCCAUGAAGUUGUCAAAGUGUGUGCAAAAGGUGAAAUUGCCCGCACCCUCGACCAAUCCGUUACCCAGAGUCCUUGAUAUCUGGGGCUGGGGUCUAACCUCGGCGAAUGCCGUAAAUGUCCAGCGUUAUGCCCUUGGAGCAACAGUUUACCGCGUGGGUCGCAAACAGUGUAAUAGAGAUUAUGCAGGAACAGGUGUGAAAAUAUUACCUGACAUGGUAUGUGCCAAGGCCAAGGGCACGGAUUCCUGUUCCGGUGACUCCGGAGGUCCAAUGACACACAAGGGUGUGCUAGUCGGACUCGUAUCCUUUGGCAUCGGUUGUGCCAAUAGAAACUAUCCGGGUGUUUAUUGCAAAGUUCGAUACUUUAUCAAAUGGAUCCUUUCAGUAAUACGAAAUUUUUAG